AUGGGCGCAGCUUUAUCGUCGCUGGAGAGAGAAGCCAAAGAGAAUGUAUAUGCGGUAUUAGAUCCGCACAUUCAGUACGAAAUAACGAUUAAUAAGCACGGAGAGCCGCCUAAAUAUUUGUCCUUAUCGAAGCCGCUAACCCACCAAAGAACUCACGCCUUUAAUCCCCAUAGCAUCACCAGUGAAAUUAACAAUAACGAUUAUGAUAAAUUCUCCACAUUCAAACCAGGACCGCCAAAAGCAAGAAGAUCCAAUAAAAGUAAUGAUAGGAAUACUAAAAAUUAUGUUUGCAAAACAAAUACAGAUAUAGAGUACUCUAAAGACCCUUACUUUGGUAAAGUUAGAAGUACAGAUACGAUGAAUCAAAAUGCACAGAAAUACAACGAACACAAAGAUACCAAAAAUUAUUCUCGCAUGUACGAGAGGAAUAAUUCUGGAAGGAAAGAUAAUGAAAGAAAGAAACAGGACGGCUUUGAAAAAGAUUUUCAGAAUAAUAGAAGAAGUUCGAAUCGCAGCUGGAAAAGCACAAAAGAGAAGGAGCGGUCUUUUGAAGAUUUCAUAGAAGGGAGUGUAAAACAUGACAAUGAAGACGAGUUUCGGCCUCGACCGGGGAAGGUCAGGGAAAUAGCUUCGAGGUUCAACAAGUGCAGCACUGGGAACGUAACUUUGAGUACGAAGAAGGAGAGACCCAGGCCAUUGCAAAGUUACGGUCACCAGGCGUACCUCGACCACGUGUUUCCUGACGCCGUAGAAAUAUAAUGUGUUGAGUGGACAUGACAAGUUAGAUCUCCGUUUAGUUAUUGUGUACUUAAUAAGGACUAGAUUUCUCACUAUACUUAUUUAUUAAAUGUAGUUUUGCCAUAUUGUUCUAGACGUUUCAUGACUGGUGUUCUCGAGGAAAUUUUUGAAUACUACUUCAGCAUGUAGUUGUAUAUAGGUCGCUGUUAGAUAGAUGCACUUGAUAGAUAUAUGCACGCAAAGUGCGCCGGCAAAGGAUGCGGAUCGUAGACAUGCCUGCAUUCUUUAUAUCCAUUAAUCUAUUCAUUAAAUAUUUAAAUGAAUUUAAAGAUUAUCCUAAAAAUGUUGAGAUGAAAACUUUACAAUUUGUAUUAAAUAUUUUUUUGUAUCCAAAAUGACUUUUAUAUUAUUAUACUUACGAUGUUGCAUUUACCUACUUGUAAAUAUUCUGAUAUUGUAACAUUAAGUUCAUAUUUCUUACUUUCUCCUUUGUAAUUAAGAUUAUAGUUUGUUAUAGAUAAGUUUCU